AUGAGGCUAACCCCCGACCUCAUCGCCUCGUCCCUCUCCUACCUCAACCCGCUCAAAGAGCGCGAGAUUGACCUCCGAGGCCAUAGAAUACCCGCCAUCGAAAACCUCGCCGUCGCCGGCCCGCACGACUCGAUCGACCUGACCGAUAAUGACAUCCAACUCCUUGGGAACUUCCCCUUGUCGCCGCGGGUGAGGACGUUGCUGCUGGCGAGGAACAGGAUCAGCGCCAUCGCGCCGGGGGCGGUGCAGAGCCUGCCGAACCUGAGGAAUUUGAACCUGGGGGAGAACGAGAUUAGGGAGCUGGGGGAUUUGGACGUGCUGGGGAGGUGGGGGGGUUUGGUGCACUUGUGUCUCGGGGGAAAUCCGGUUGUGAAGAAGGAGCAUUACCGGUAUUGGGUGCUUUGGCGGUGCCCGAGUGUGAGGUUUUUGGAUUAUCAAAAGGUGAGGGAGGCGGAGAGGGAGAAGGCCAGGGAGUUGUUUGGGACGGUGGAGGAGCCGAGUGAGUUGGCGCAGAAGAUUAUGGGCAUCAAGAGCAAGACGUUCGAUUCGACGACUACUUCGGGAGGCAAGGGUGGUGGACCGGGUGGUGAGAUGUCUAAGUUGUCGAGACUGAAACUGACGGAUAAGGAGAAGAAGAAGCUUCAGGAGUUGAUCAAGAAGGCGAACUCGUUGGAGGAGAUCAACAGGCUGGAGAAGGCGCUGUUGGAGGGGAGGUUGCCGCCUGGGAUUAUUGUUGAGGAUGGGGAUGCUAUGGAGGAGUGA